AUGGUCGCCUGGUGGUCAUUAUUUCUUUACGGUCUUCAGGUCGCCGCACCUGUGCUGGCUGCAACUCCGGCGGACUGGCGAUCGCAAUCCAUCUAUUUCCUUCUCACAGAUCGAUUUGCAAGGACGGAUGGGUCGACAACGGCGACUUGUAAUACCGAGGAUCGGAAAUACUGUGGUGGAACAUGGCAGGGCAUCAUCGACAAGCUGGACUAUAUCCAGGGAAUGGGCUUCACAGCCAUCUGGAUCACCCCCGUUACAGGCCAGCUGCCCCAGGACACCGCAUAUGGAGAAGCCUACCAUGGCUACUGGCAGCAAGAUAUCUACGCCUUGAACGAAAACCACGGCACUGCAGAUGACUUGAAGGCUCUCUCUUCGGCCCUUCAUGAGAGAGGGAUGUAUCUCAUGGUCGAUGUGGUUGCUAACCAUAUGGGGUACGAUGGAGCGGGCGCCUCGGUUGAUUACAGCGUAUUCAAUCCGUUCAGUUCCCAAGACUACUUCCACUCGUUCUGUCUCAUUGAAAACUAUGACGACCAGACCCAGAGUGAGAAUUGCUGGCUAGGAGAUAACAGUGUCUCCUUGCCCGAUCUUGACACCACCAAAGAUGAGGUUAAGAACGAAUGGUACGAAUGGGUGGGAAAUUUGGUAUCGAACUACUCCAUUGACGGCCUCCGUGUCGACACAGUGAAACACGUCCAGAAGGACUUCUGGCCGGGAUACAACGAAGCCGCAGGCGUAUACUGCAUCGGCGAAGUCCUCAACGGUGACCCGGCAUACACAUGUCCCUACCAGGACGUCAUGGACGGCGUGCUGAACUACCCAAUUUACUACCCCCUCCUCAACGCCUUCAAAUCCACCUCCGGCAGCAUGAACGACCUCUACAACAUGAUCAACACCGUCAAAUCUGACUGUCCCGACUCCACUCUGCUGGGCACAUUCGUCGAGAACCACGACAACCCACGGUUCGCUUCCUACACCAACGACAUCGCCCUGGCCAAGAACGUCGCCGCAUUCAUCAUCCUCAACGACGGAAUCCCCAUCAUCUAUGCAGGCCAGGAGCAGCAUUACGCGGGCGGCAACGACCCAGCGAACCGCGAGGCCACCUGGCUCUCAGGCUACUCGACAGACAGCGAGAUCUACAAGCUCAUCGCGUCCGCCAACGCCAUCCGGAACCAUGCCGUCAGCACCGACACAGGAUUCGUGACCUACAAGAACUGGCCCAUCUACAAGGACGACACGACGAUCGCGAUGCGCAAGGGCACUGACGGCUCGCAGAUUGUGACUAUCUUGUCGAACAAGGGUGCUUCGGGUGAUGCGUACACCCUCUCUCUGGGUAAUACGGGCUACACGGCCGGACAGCAAUUGACGGAAGUCAUCGGGUGCACGACCCUGACCGUGGGUUCGGAUGGAAACGUGCCUGUUCCUAUGGCCGGUGGGUUGCCGAGGGUAUUGUAUCCGACUGAGAAGUUGGGAGAUAGCAAGAUCUGUAGUAGCUCGUGA